GUGAUUAAUUGAAUAUAAGUGUAAAAAACAUCAAAAGCACAUAAGAUGAUUCCAAAAAAAAUGCCCGUGAAGGAUGCUUAUAUAGUGAAAAUCGCAGUAGAGUUUGAAAAUCAUAUAGCGCAAUUAAUCAAUUUGGAUCAGCGACAGCCAUUAACAGGUAAAAUACAGGAAAUCUGCAGCUGUUGGGGUAUAGUUGAUCCAGAAAAUUAUGCACUUCAAUUUUGCGAACAAAAUAAUAUUAAGUAUGUUACGGAAAAAAAUCGUAAUGAAAUUAAAAACGGUUCAGUUUUACGCUUACAAUACUCACCAUCCAAAACAGCAAACGAUACCCUAGAAACUUUACGGUCCGGUUCAACAUUUGAAAAAAUUAAAUGCCUUAAAGAGCUCGCCUCACUUAGUGUUGAUUUAACAUUUGCAUUAGAAUUUAUAAAGGAACAAGGUCUCAGCAUUAUCAUAAAUAUGAUAGAAGAUACAAAUCAAAAAGAUGAUGAAAUACUUAAAUAUAGUUUAGCUAGUUUCGUAGAACUAAUGGAACAUGGCACUGUUUCGUGGGAAAUCCUACAAAAUUCUUUCGUACAACGUAAUAUAGAUAUUGUGUGUUGCUUUCAGAACUUUCCUAAAGAAUGCACGGAAAGCGCUCUCUCAAAUUUAGAGAAUAUAGUACAAAAUAGUACUAAACAUAAAUUAGUUGAAAAUAAUGUAACAUUGCAAGAUUUGCUGCGCUUAUUGCAAGAUGCGAACUCACCAGUGAUACAACAAAACGCCAUAGCGGUGAUAAAUGCACUUUUUAUGAAAGCUGAUGAAGAACGUAGACGUCAUAUUGCACGAACAAUAAGCGCAAAACAGUAUCGUUUAGCUUUGAUUAGUAAUGUAUCUGGAACUGAAAUGACUCAUCAAUUGUAUGUUUUACAAACAUUAACCUUGGGUUUGCUAGAACAACGUAUGCGCAUGAAAAUGAACGUACAAGAUCAGGAAGCACAUGAAAAGAUAAAAGAACUACGACGUACCGCAUUCGAUGAUUAUUCUGGUGGUACUGGCAUAUCCGAUGAGCAAUUGAGGCGAGGUGGAGGCUCAGGUGGCGGCAAUGUCAACUAUUCGCAAUUUUACAAAAAGCUUGGAUUCAAAUGCGAUAUUAAUCCUGCGCAGGAUUUUAUAGAAACUCCACCUGGUAUUUUGGCUUUAGACUGUAUGGUUUAUUUUUCGCGUAACUAUCCACAACAAUACACGAAAGUCGUACACGAAAAUUCUCAUCGUGCGGACGAACAUGAGUGUCCUUUCGGUCGUACUUCUAUUGAAUUAGUCAAAUUAUUAUGCGACAUUUUGCGGAUCGGUGAACCACCGUCUGAGCAAUCUGUAGACUUUCAGCCAAUGUUUUUCACACACGAUCAUCCUUUCGAGGAAUUUUUCUGUAUUUGCAUUAUAACAUUGAAUCGCACUUGGAAGGAUAUGCGUGCCACAGCGGAAGAUUUUCAAAAAGUAUUUAGUGUUGUACGCGAACAAAUUACACGCACCCUCAAAGCACGUCCAGAGAAUUUGGAAGAUUUUCGCGCAAAAAUUGCAUUGCUUACAUACCAAACAAUAACAAAUUUAAGACAACAAGAACGCACCUCGAAAGAAGAAUGUGAUUCCACCGCUUCGGCAAUUGUUAAAUUAAAAGAAAAAAUAUCGCCACAUAUAACAGAUCUGAUUAAACAUCAGCGCUUAUGGUUUUUAGUUGAAGGUACACGUUUUUCAAAAUAUUCUCGUGGUGCACGUUCAAAAGAUAAAUUUUGGUAUGCACGAUUAUCGCCAAACCACAAGGUUAUACACUACGGUGAUUGUGAUGAGAAAACAAUACCAACUUUAGAAGAAUUAACCAAUAAAGUGCUUGUAAUCGAUAUAAAACAACUGCUGGAGGGCAAGGAAUGUCCACAUAUGAAAGAGAUGCGCACACGAAAGUCGGCAGUUAAUUUAGCAUUCUCAAUAACAUUCGAUAGCAUGGAUCAUGCCACUUUAGAUUUCGUCGCACCUGACGAAACUGUUUUUAACUAUUGGACAGACGGUAUAAAUGCUUUAUUGGGCCAAGAGAUGGUCAGCAAACAGAAAAAAGAUGAUUUCGAUACAUUACUGUCGAUGGAAAUAAAAUUACGCCUACUUGAUACUGAAGGUGUUGACAUUAGUAAGGAUCCACCACCCAUACCAGAGGAUCCUGAAAAUUAUGACUUUUGUUAUGAAAGUUGAAAUGAUUAAAAUUUAAGGUAAAAACUAUAAAAUCAAAAAUAUAUUUAAGUCUGGCACAACGAGCUGCAAAUGGAAAAUUCUGAAACGGUUCUUCGCAAACAAAAAAAAUUUAAAUAUUAUAAUUAUGUAAAAAUGAUCAUUUUAUACAAUUAAUCAAAGCGAAAAAAUUUUUAUAAAAAUGUUUUUGUAAGCAAACAUACCAAAGUUCAUGUAAUGCAAUAAGUUAUAUGUGGCAAAUAUUUUUACAAAU